CGCCAUAAUACAUUCUCUGGUUCUUUUCCCUCCACACAACACGCCACCAUGUUGCGUAGACAGGCCAGAGAGCGUAGAGACUACAUCUACCGUCGCGCCCUUCAACUUCGCGAUGCCAGCAUUGCGGAAAAACGAGCCCUGUUGAAAAAGUCCCUCGCAACGGGCAAACCUCUCGACCCGUCUGUCGCAAACGACAAAACCCUCCGCAAAGACUUCAAGUACGAUGAAUCCCUCGACCCAGAGACCGCGGCGGCCCAGGAGUCCAUCGACGACGAAUACGCCAUGCUCUCAGGGCUCGCCGACCCCAGGCCUCUCGUCACCACGUCCCGCAGUCCCUCGACUCGACUGGCGACAUUCUCCAAAGAGAUCAGACUCCUCCUGCCCACCUCGAUACGACUGAAUCGAGGCAACCUGAUCCUUCCAAACUUGCUGGCGAGUGCAAAAGCCGCCGCCUUGACAGAUAUCAUCCUCCUCCACGAACAUCGAGGCACUCCGACUGCCAUGACCAUCUCCCAUCUCCCUCACGGUCCCACGGCCUCCUUCUCCCUCCACAACGUCGUCCUUCGCGCGGACAUACCGGAUGCUUCGACGGGAACCGUGUCAGAGUCGUACCCGCACCUGAUCUUCGAGGGCUUCACCACCCGACUGGGAAAGAGAGUGGUUCAGAUACUCAAGCACAUCUUUCCUCCACGAGACGGCCCGCACAAGGUCGGCAACAGAGUGGUUACAUUCAAGAAUGUGGAGGACAGCAUCGAGGUUCGACAUCAUGUUUUUGUUCAGACUGGCUAUAGAGACGUUGAGCUGGCUGAAGUAGGCCCGAGAAUGACCAUGAGAUGUUUCGAAAUCAGAGGAGGAACGCUGGAGAAAGACUCCGGUGGUGAGGUUGAAUGGGCUCUGACCCAGUAUACACGCACAGGACGCAAGAAAGACUAUCUGUGAGGUAAUGCAUUACAACCAAAUGCCCGAAUGUUCGACUAUUCUGAGGGUGCAAAUGUCCAAAGAAGCCCCCAGCAAAACUAUGGCAUAAGUGCGCCUGCACCAUGCCAUAUCCAAGCAAAAGCAAAAGCAAAAGCAAGCCCCAUGGCGGAGACGACCAAAUCAAACCAAAUUAAGCCUUCGUGGCACAGCGCCGCUAGGCCUCUGUCAGCUUUCAACUCGCUGUGUGGCUAUUGCCCUUGAGACCGAUAUCACGCAGUGUUUGCAGCUCAUAUCCCAGGGUCAGCAACUCCAUCUCUUCACCAGCCUCCUUCAGGUGUCAUGGCUCUGGCCUCUACCUCAUCCAUCGGUUGGUUCUCGGCCGGGUUUACCAGAAUGGUUACACUGGGCUUACGCACCCGAUCUUCGACACCCUUGACCUCCCCCUCCCCAAGCUGAUCCAUGCCAUUGUCUUUCAUCACUCUUGGACCAAAGAACUUGAAUAGGCGACCAUCCGAAGUACCAUCACUCUGGAGUGCUAUUUUGUCUUCGGAUCUGUUCGCCUGUGCCAUCUCCCGAAGACUUUCACGGUCGUCCCAGCUGACACCAACUCUUUUCUGGAAGAACUUGUUGAACAUGGUGAACGCAAAGUCGAAUGUACUUCCCGGAGGCGCAAGCUGGGUGACAUAUCGAUGUCCGGGACGGACGUAGAUGCUGUAACAUGCAUACGACUUGAUUCUUGGGAUCUCAGCGUUGAGACCUGCGACGGAGUCUGUGUGUGUUCUCGUCGUGAAUCGCAAGUUUGGAUCGAAUUCGAAAAGCUGCAAACUCUGAGCCCAUGGGUUCGGAAUAUGAACCUUCAAAUUCGGAUUGGAUGGCUGCAGGGAUCGUGGUAGACUGCUUGCGAUGACAGGGUACUUGCAAAAGGGGAAAGGCUUGGGAAAAUGAUACAACGGUACAGGACAGUAAGGAAGUGAUGGUAUGAAAUUUGCCACCGAGUACGACGGCAUGUAUGCCUUUGGUACGGCAAUAGUCUCAUGGCCAUCCACAAUGUUCGUUUGAGAAGGUUCCGAGACUCGCAGAUGUUCAUGGAUCCUGCGCACCUCUUCGUUGGAGAGCUUCGACCAAUCUUGAGGUUCUUGGUUGGUCAGGGGGUACGUUGUUGAUGGUGUCGGGUUUGUGACGCAAUCGCCCGAUGAUGUGGAUGACAAGACAGAGCAAGAAGAUGACGAUGAGACGGAAGAGACACAAGAUGCAUAACGCACCUUGAGUCUAUGCUUUUCGAGUCGGUUCUGGAGAAUGUCCUUCCUCACGAGCGUGAGAAGGUAGAUAAACCCUUUGGAAUCGAUGAAAGGACGGUAUCCGUCUAUGUAUGUCAUUGUCAGUCUAUGACACACCUUCAUUCGGGAUGGACAUAAGAGAAGCAGGCAGGUGACACUUACUAGUACCCAUCUCCCUGACGAAUUCAUCGCACUCAGCCUCGUAUUCCCUCGCUGUGUUUCUUGUCAGUCUUCGUACUUCGAACGAUCAAUCGACAAAUGGGCUCUCAAUUGUGCAAGCGACGCAAAACGUAC